AUGGUUGAAUGGUGCUGGAUGAUCUUUGUCUACAUAAGCACUGAUAAGAGAACCAUAUUUAGGCAGUGGGAAUAUCUUGAAUCUUGUAAGAGUCAGUGGGGACCAUGUUGGGUGAUUGCUGGAGAUGAAUCUUGUAAGAUGGGGACCAUGUUGGGUGAUAUCUCUAGUAACUAUGAGAAGAGAGGUGGAAUCCCUAGAAGUGCUGCAAGCUUUAUACCAUUCAAUCAAUUCAUAUUUAGGAUGGAGAUGUGUGAGAUGGAUCAAAAAGGCUCUUUCUUUACAUGGGGUAAUAAUAGGUCCAGUGGUGACUAUAUUGAGGAAAGGUUUGACAAAGUGUUUGUCUCUUUUGAGUGGAUGGCCAGAUUUCCAAAUAUGGAGGUGUCAAACUUCUUCAAGACUGCAUCUGAUCACAAUGUCAUAAUGUUUGACACUGAGAAAGAUUCACUCAGGCACCACAGAAGGUUUCAGUUCAAUAGUCACUGGCUUAAACUGGAGGGGAUUCAAGAAGCUGUGGAAGUAGGUUGGCAGGGAAUGGUAGAGGGUACUACUAUGUACCAGGUAAAUAUUAUCAUCAGAAAUGGUGCCAAUACUUCAAUUUCUGAAUGCUUUUGGGUGUCUGGGUUAAAUGGAAGUGCUCCCAAGCUGACAGCAAAUAUAAAUGGUAGUGCAUUCUGGGUGAAAGAUUUGCUUAUAGCUGGUGGUGUUCAGUGGGAUUCAAUCCUGAUAAGAGCCAUUUUUUCAGAGGUACAUGCUUCCUUGAUUAUGCAGAUAAAAUCUCUGAAUCCUCAAAAGGCAGACCAGUGGAACCGUUCAUUUCUGGGGAAGGGAAAAUUUUCUGUGAAAAAAGCUUAC